AGCCAUCGCACUCAGACAAGCUUGUGCUCAUCGGAGACAUCUGGGAGUUUGACUGUUAUCCAGUUACAUUAGCUGAGAGGAGAACAUGUGGGCAUGUGUGGAUUUAAGAUUGUUACAAAUGUGUUUGUAUAUCCAGCGCACACAACUGCAUCAACACACACUAAUGUCAGUAUUUAUACUAACACAACACAAAUACUGAUGCUGAUCUACUGACGAAAGGCCUUUAAAAUAGAUGUGGUUUAACAUUUAUAUGUGGCUGUGCUUCAGUCUGUAGAAAACUGUUGUAGUAAACAAAUGCUAUCUGAAUAUCACUGUAGUAUCUGUGCUGUAUUUUAGUGUUUUAAAUACAUUACAGUAAUUUUGUGAGUAUAAUGCACACAAAUAAUGGGCUUUAAUUUUUGUUUGUACUGAAUAUUUUUUGUGUGUUUAGUAUUUAUUGUAAAACCUUUUUAAUGUUUGAUCUUUGUAUCUCCUUAACUUUAAUCUGUACAUGGUUUGAGCGUGUCAGUAUGUUGGUUAUCCUGUUAAACUGUGUGACGUUGGGAAUGUAUCAACCCUGUGAGAAAGUCGACUGUUCCUCUGAACGCUGUUAUAUACUGCAGGCCUUUGAUGCUUUCAUCUACAUCUUCUUUGCACUGGAGAUGGUGGUGAAGAUGUUUGCUCUGGGAAUCUUCGGUCAGCACUGUUAUUUGGGUGACACCUGGAACAGACUGGACUUCUUCAUUGUGAUGGCAGGGGUGGUGGAGUAUUCACUGGACCUUCAGAACAUCAACCUGACAGCCAUCAGAACUGUGAGAGUCCUGCGACCUCUGAAGGCCAUCAACAGAGUUCCCAGUAUGAGGAUCCUGGUGAAUCUGCUGUUAGACACUCUUCCGAUGUUGGGGAACGUGCUCCUCUUGUGUUUCUUCGUUUUCUUCAUCUUCGGGAUCAUCGGCGUGCAGCUGUGGGCGGGGCUUCUACGCAACCGUUGCUACCCGGAGGAGAACUUUACCCUCUCGUCUGGUGUGGCACUUCCUGCUCCCUACUACUCUCUCGAUGAGGAAGAUGAAAGACCCUUCAUCUGCUCCCUGCCGCAGGAUAACGGCAUUAUGUCCUGCAACGACGUGCCGGCGCGCCGUGUGGCCGGACAUCAGUGCUGUCUGGAUGUAGAUGAUGUACUGCACCAUCAGGCGCUGGGUCUGCCGAUUGAGCCCAUCCUGAACGUCGGCGCUCUCGUACCCGGUCUCUGCGUUAACUGGAAUCGAUACUACACUCGCUGUAACACGGGUCACAAAAACCCACACAAAGGAGCCAUCAACUUCGACAACAUCGGAUACGCCUGGAUCGUUAUAUUUCAGGUUAUAACUCUGGAGGGUUGGGUGGAAAUCAUGUAUUAUGUAAUGGAUGCCCAUUCUUUCUACAACUUUAUUUACUUUAUACUGCUCAUCAUAAUUGGUUCCUUCUUCAUGAUAAACCUGUGUUUGGUCGUCAUAGCGACACAGUUUUCGGAGACCAAACAGCGUGAACAUCAGCUGAUGCAGGAACAGCGUGCCGCAUGUCUGUCUUCCAGCACGCUGGCUGAACCCGGCGACUGCUACGAGGAAAUCUUUCAGCUCGUCUGUCACGUCCUGCGCAAGACGCAAAGACGCGUCGUCACUUUCUUUACAGCUCCCUGUCACAAACCACAGGAGAGAAUGCCGUCUCACGAGAAGCAGAAAGUCAAUGGAGGAGAGAUGAGCCUUCUGCAGCAUGAUGGAGCAAGACCUGCGACCUCAGCAGCCAAUCAGCAGACAGAGGAGAAGAGGGUGGAGGAGGCGGAUCAAGGGCGUGGCCAUCAGCUAUGGAUGGACAUAAGGGUCAAACUUUGCACCAUCGUAGAGAGCAAAUACUUUAACAGAGGCAUCAUGAUCGCUAUCCUGAUCAAUACAAUCAGCAUGGGCAUAGAACACCAUGAGCAGCCUGAAGAGCUCACUAAUGUUCUGGAGAUCUGUAACAUCGUCUUCACCAGCAUGUUUGCUUUAGAGAUGAUGCUGAAACUCACAGCGUUUGGAUGUUUUAAUUACCUGCGUAAUCCUUACAACAGCUUUGAUGGAAUCAUCGUCAUCAUCAGUGUUUGUGAGAUCAUCGGGCAGUCUGAUGGCGGUCUGUCAGUUCUCAGGACCUUUCGUCUGCUGCGGGUUCUGAAGUUGGUUCGGUUUAUGCCAGCGUUGCGCAGACAGCUGGUAGUUCUGGUGAAGACCAUGGACAAUGUGGCCACAUUUUGCAUGCUCCUGAUGCUUUUCAUCUUCAUCUUCAGUAUUUUGGGAAUGCAUAUAUUUGGCUGUAAGUUCAGUCUGAAAACAGAUACUGGAGACACCGUCCCGGACCGGAAGAACUUUGACUCUCUACUGUGGGCGAUCGUCACUGUGUUUCAGAUUCUCACACAGGAAGACUGGAAUGUAGUUCUGUAUAAUGGGAUGGCCUCCACAUCUCCUCUGGCAGCUCUUUACUUUGUGGCCCUCAUGACGUUUGGGAACUAUGUCCUGUUCAAUCUACUGGUGGCCAUACUGGUGGAGGGCUUUCAGGCUGAGGGAGAUGCCAACAGCUCAUAUUCAGAUGAUGAGAGGUCGUCCUCUGAUGAUAGCGAGCAACCAAAAAACUCUCUCACAUUUUCUGAUCCUAAACUUUCCUCUUUCACUGCUAAUGGACGUCUUGAGUUGGCGCCGUUGGCAGAAGGGAAGACCAGGACGAGUUAUUCUGAGGAGAAUUCCAGAAGCAGCGUGAUCAGUCUGAGCAGAAGAUCUUCAUCUCUGCGUGUUGGCCGCAGUUUACAUUACCACCACUGGGGGCGUCCUCCUCCUCAGUCGUCCUGGAGUCGGCGGUGCAGCUGGAACAGCGCGAGUCGUUCUGCCCGAGGUCUGAGGACGGGAGGGGGAAUCGGGGGCAGUUUACGAGUACGCAGCGUUCACUCGCAUCCUACAGAACAUAAGUCACUGCUGCCACACCCCCCUUUACUGUCCCGCCGAAACCGCCGAGCCCUCUCGCUGGAGCUGCCCGAUGUCCUGCAGCGCCCCCCUCUGCACCGGAAGAAGAGCAUCUCUGCAGAAAACCACGACUGUAACGGGAAAGGUCCGGGGCCGCUGCUCGGAGACAUUUAUCCUCAGCUCAAUACAAACAAAGACAAGAGGGACCUGUGCGAGGACACCGAAUAUAGUCUGUUUUCUCGCAUACAGAAGAUGAUGGAGGUGUAUCGUCCAGACUGGUGUGAGACGAGAGAUGAUUGGUCCAUUUAUUUAUUUUCCCCCCAGAACAAGUUUCGUCAACUCUGUCAGAUGAUUAUUGCUCAUAAGCUCUUUGACUAUGUGGUUCUUGUUUUCAUCUUUCUCAACUGCAUCACUGUAGCUCUAGAAAGACCCAGAAUUCAUCAGGGCAGUUUGGAGCGAGUCUUCCUCACCAUCUCCAAUUACGUUUUUACUGCUAUCUUUGUGGCUGAGAUGACAGUAAAGGUAGUGUCUAAGGGUUUGUAUCUGGGCGAGCGAGCAUAUCUGCGCAGCAGCUGGAACAUUCUGGACGGUUUUCUGGUCUUUGUGUCCCUGGUUGACAUUGUGGUGUCAAUGGCAGGUGGAGCAAAGAUUCUGGGUGUGCUGAGAGUUCUCCGACUGUUAAGAACAUUGCGCCCCCUGAGGGUCAUCAGUCGAGCUCCAGGUCUAAAGCUGGUGGUGGAAACUCUCAUCACAUCGCUAAAGCCCAUCGGAAACAUCGUUCUCAUCUGCUGUGCUUUCUUCAUCAUCUUCGGCAUUCUGGGAGUUCAGCUUUUCAAAGGGAAGUUUUAUUACUGUGUUGGUUUGGAUGUGAAAAACAUCACAAAUAAGUCAGACUGUCUCUCUGCCAAUUACCGAUGGGUCCAUCACAAGUACAAUUUUGACAAUCUGGGACAGGCUUUGAUGUCAUUGUUUGUGUUAGCGUCUAAAGAUGGAUGGGUAAAUAUUAUGUAUCACGGUCUGGAUGCUGUUGGGAUUGACCAGCAGCCCGUCAAAAACCACAACCCCUGGAUGCUGCUGUACUUCAUCUCCUUCCUCCUCCUCGUCAGUUUCUUUGUGUUGAAUAUGUUUGUUGGUGUGGUUGUUGAGAACUUUCAUAAGUGUCGUCAGCAUCAGGAGGUGGAGGAGGCCAGACGCCGAGAGGAGAAACGACUGAAGCGUCUGGAGAAGAGGAGGCGCAAGGCUCAGCGGUUGCCGUAUUACAGCUCAUACGGUCGUGUUCGUCUGAUAAUUCACUCGUUCUGCACGAGUCAUUAUCUGGAUCUCUUUAUUACUCUCAUCAUCUGCAUCAAUGUGAUCACUAUGAGCCUGGAGCAUUACAACCAACCACAGUCACUGGAGACGGCGCUGAAAUACUGUAAUUACUUCUUCAGCACAACAUUUGUGGUGGAGGCUGUACUGAAAGUCAUCGCUUUUGGCUUCAGACGCUUCUUUAAAGACAGGUGGAAUCAGCUGGAUCUGGCCAUCGUUCUGUUAUCUGUCAUGGGUAUAACUUUAGAGGAGAUCGAGAUUAACGCUUCUCUACCCAUUAAUCCCACCAUCAUUAGAAUCAUGAGGGUUCUGCGGAUCGCCCGGGUUCUGAAAUUGUUAAAGAUGGCCACAGGAAUGAGAGCUCUACUGGAUACUGUUGUUCAAGCUUUACCACAGGUGGGGAAUCUGGGAUUGCUCUUUGUCCUCCUGUUCUUCAUUUAUGCAGCGCUUGGGGUCGAGCUGUUUGGAGAACUGGUGUGUAAUGUGGAAUAUCCGUGUGAAGGCAUGAGUCGUCACGCCACAUUUGAGAACUUUGGUAUGGCGUUCCUUACACUUUUCCAGGUAUCUACUGGAGACAACUGGAAUGGCAUAAUGAAGGACACGUUACGCGAAUGUCCACCGGGUGACAACUACUCCUGCAACGCUAGUCUGCAGAUCAUCUCGCCCAUGUAUUUUGUGAGCUUCGUGCUGACGGCUCAGUUCGUCCUGAUUAACGUGGUGGUCGCCGUGUUGAUGAAACAUCUGGACGACUCAAAUAAAGAAGCCCAGGAAGAUGCCGAGAUGGAGGCCGAGAUCGAGUUAGAGCUGGCGCAGGGUGGUUUGUGCUGUCUGGGCCGUCUGGACCGCCUCACCGGCGCGGACAAGAGCGAGAGACCCGGAGGAAUCAUCAGACAGAAACACACGGCUGCCGUCCACACACACAUGAACCAGAGCGGCCACACGCCACAUAGAGCGGCACAGGAAACGCAUCAUCAGGGAAAACUCUACUCACCUGCACAGGAGAGUCAGUGGUUAGAGAGCGUCUCUUUGCUCAUGAAGGAUUCAUUGGAUGGAGAAAUGCAGAUGAUUGAUAAUCUAUCAGGAUCUGUCUAUCAUCAUUACUGCUCUCCACCAAUCAGACGAGACAGCAGGAGCCAAUCAGGAGAGAUUUGUUUGGCUGAGGUUGAACAAACAUCUCUGAUCUCAGACCAGCUGUCAGAUAAAUCCUCAUGUGCAGCUCUGUCAGAUGACAUCAGUCUGGAUGAUGAUCACACCCAAUAUCAGCUAAUGAUCAGAGACUAUAAGGAUAACCGGAGCAUCAGUGACUCUCACAGCACACAAGUAUCAGUAAAGCAGAAUGAGAGAGCGUCUAACCCCAGGAGAGACAGACAAGAUCAGAUUCACUCCUCAUCUGAACAACAGAGCCCAGCUCAUACUGAAGAUGGAGGAAGAGGAGACAGCCGAACAUCUUCACCUAUCUUUCAUCUACCGGCCGAGUUCUUCCACCCCAACACAGCUGUCAUUCCUCAGGGAAGCCUGGCGUCCGGUCCGGCUCAUGUGGGCUCAAGACACGCGUCUCCGGCCUCAUGGGCUUCUCUCAGGUCUCCAGGGGCCAACAGCAGGAUCAUGAGUCCACAGCAUUUGUUUCGCAGUAACUCCUCUCUGGCCGCAGGGAGUUCUGGAAGCCUGCAGACCAUGCUGGAGGAGAGCGUUUCUCCGUCAGGAGAUCUGACGCUCCCCUUGAUCUACCCCGACUCCAGAGCCCACGUCUCCCCUCCAGAGCUCACACAGAUAUCAGCUGGACAUCAGACGGCGGUUAACCACCACUGGAACCGGCAGAGCAGAAGUGGUGACUGCACAAACCCCAACCGGAUCAGAACGAAUAUUUCCGAUCGGGCCGGAGGACGCGAUUGGGUGUUCAAUAGCGAACAGCUCUCAGAUGCUUUGAGUAGUUUCUCUUUGACCUCUUUAUUCUCACCCGACUCACUGGCACCCCCACUGGCCAAGAAGUGCUACAGCACCGGAAGCUUAACGCACGGCGGUCUGGCCGUCAGAAAUAAAGACAGAAGACGAGUUUAUGCACCGGACCAACGGAGCGUCGCUUCUGAUCAUCGGACUGAAGCAUCAUCAGGUAAGAAGAGAGAGGUGACGCCUGCUGCUGUGAACACUGUACACGCUAGAUGAAAGGCAGCGCUCCUCCACGAUGUGCUUCUGUGUUCUGUGAGCUCUUUUCUUUUCUGACUGUGUUUACUGUCACGACCGUAUAAACUCAAAGCUCCAGCAGAUGAUGUCAAACUCGUCUCUUAUAGUUAUGGAGUCGAAUAUUCUGAAUCACACAGAGGAAAAACUGAUCAACUGAAAGUGAUGUGAAUGCAGAUGUACAUUGCAUUGACUAUAAUUAUGACAUAUAAAAAUAAUUGAAUCUGUGUAGGACAAAUUAGUCUUUAGUUGGAGACUCUAAAUUGCAUGAAAGGUCGUCGUGUAGAAAAACUCAGGGCAGUCAAUGAUGUUUUUGCUGCCAGUAUACAUUUAAGAUUUGAUUUGACUAUCAAUAAUGUUUCAAUACCUUACAUUCAAGUCUAAUUGAACUAAAUCAUGAAGUGACAUCACAACACGUAAUAUUGUGAACAUUGUGAUUCUGGUAGAGUUAUAACUGCAUGAUAUAGAUGAGCAUCAGCUUCUUAAGAUGAUAAAGUCAGAUCCAUCAUCAUACUGUAGCAGCUGGAUUAUUACUGUAGAUGAAUGUUUGUGACUGUGAUGAUGAAGAUCAUUGAUACUGAGGAAACAUCUAUGAUGACGAUCAGGGGCCGGAUUUACUAAACGGACAAAUUAGCAUGAGAGCACAAUUAAAAAAAAAACACAGAUGGGAGUGGUAACACUGCAGGUUAUUUAUUAAAAAGGCACAAAUUAAAUAACACAAACACAACAGCUGAUUUCCAUAAUGAUCAACACAAUCUACUAAGAGCAGCACACAUUAGUUCAGGGUUGCAGCUGAUGCUCCUCAGGUGCAGGUGAUCUACUAACACCUGAUGUGCUUGAGUUCAGCACCACAGACAUCACAGCUGAACAUUUGUGUGUGUAAUCCCAGCUAACAAAGACAUAGGACACUUCUAGUGUUUCUAGUGACUCCUCUUUUAUUUACUUACUUCAGCAAAUAUAAAUAACAUGGCUUGGCAAACAAUAUUUUUGAAUAAUAUGUUCCUCUGACAUUGCAAAUAAACUGUUAUGUUAAAACAAUCCUCUGCCUUGUACCACACGCUCUCUGAUAUCUCUCUUAUCAGCAACAUUUCAAGGGCAAAAUGAUUUAAGACAUGCUUUUAUUGGCAUUAAAUAAUGGUGCACAUAGCAGUAAUAUCACAGACACAAACAUUAGUAUAUUGCAUUGCGUGAAUCAUUUAAAUAAUCUCCUCCUAUAAGUUUUGCAUCCUCCUAGAAAUGCAUAUGCAAUAAGAUCAGUGGCAAAAAUAAGUAAACCACACCUUUACAGUGCUAAUAAUCCACUUUAUCUUUAAUAAAUCACAACAGUCUUUAUUUAAAACCAAAAUGAUGGUUUGCGCUGACGGUAGCUGUUAGUAAAUCUGGCCUCGGGUGUCUCCUGACAUGAAUUAUGAGUUCUGCAUUGUUUGAAAAGACCAAAUAUUUCCUAAACUGUACUUUAAUAUCAUAUACAAAAACAUGAAUCUAAUCUUACAUGAAUGAUCAUUGCUCCUAAAGAUCAAGCCUUUAUUCGAUCGGUUCAGGGAAUCAGGACUUGAGUUUCUUUCAGCUGCCAUGUGAAACAUUUUAAUCUCUGACAGUUCUUGUAAUUCAAGCGUGUCACGGCUCCACUGUGUCUGGAUUGAAAUCAACUCUGGAUGUUAUCGGAGUGAUGGGAUUGUUUGAUGUUUGUCUGUUCAGAUAAUCUUGCAUGAGAGAUAAUGUCUAACUGUAAAGAUACCAGAAGUAUUUAUGUUAAAGUAUUUUUAUGUGAAAUUUACUUUUAUACAUGAUAGUCUUCCUCUGUGUUUCUGUUGAAGAAUGCUAAAGAAAAUGGUACGUGUAGAGCAUCUUACUGAAGUAUGGUGAGCACCUGUAGCAGACAUUAGCAUAUAAACUCACUUCAGAGGAUCCUGCUGUCGAGGUAUUUCUAGCCGCUUCUGGUUUUAUUGUCAGAUAUAUUUGCAGUCGAGUCUAUAAAAACCUUGAGUCAAGUGUUCACCCUCAUGUUCUGACUUUAAUAAGAUGUUGAAAUGAAGGCAGUGAAAUGAUUUGACUGAUUUUGUUUCUCAUUUUCACAGCGGGUUUGUUCUUAAAGUCGUCUUGGAUGAUUUCAGCGUGAUUGCAUUUAAAUUCACUUUGAUGUCCUUAUAACAAAACUCCUGCUGACAUCACUCACAGACACAAUGAGUCUUUUAGUGCUGGAAUUCAUCUGAAACGGCUUUAAAAGAAUCAUUAUCAACAAGAAGUAGAAAUACUGAAUUAAACAUCUCAAUCAGAGCGUGUUUUUCACUAAUAGACACAGGGAAUGUUUGUUUUUUUUGCACCAACAUAAUCCAAAGUAAAAAAGCAAUAUUUAGCCACAUCUUUAUUUUUACUAAAACGUAAGAUGCAUUUUGAGUGAUGAUACAAAUCAUGAAAUCAUUGACAUACGGAAACAAAUGAUUCUUGUAAAUCAAACUCCCAAAUCUUUCUGCAUUUGUGCACUGAUGUUUCAAUUCUUAAUAAAUCUGAUUUUCAAAGAU